GAUUUGUCUAUUACUAUGCCCAUCUCACACUUCCUUUUUUUCUUUAGGGGGAUAAUUAACCCAUUUCCUGCUUCAAAAUGCAUCCGAACUUCCCCACUGCAGUGUAUCUAUACAGCUGAAGGACAUGCCAAGCCUGUGCUUUGUGUAGAUGCAACAGAUGACCUUCUCUUCACUGGAUCCAAAGACCGUACCUGUAAAGUCUGGAAUCUGGUAACUGGACAAGAGAUUAUGUCUCUAGGGGGUCAUCCAAACAAUGUUGUUUCUAUAAAGUAUUGCAACUAUACAAGUUUGGUCUUCACAGUCUCAACCUCCUAUAUCAAAGUGUGGGACAUCAGAGAUUCUGCUAAGUGUGUUCGAACGUUGACGUCUUCAGGCCAGGCAAUGCCUGGUGAUGUGUGUUCGGGAAGUACAAACAGAACGGUCACUAUCCCAGCUGGAGAGAAUCAGAUUAAUCAGAUUGCACUAAAUCCAACUGGCACAUUCCUCUAUGCAGCUGCUGGAAAUUCAGUGAGGAUGUGGGACCUGAAAAGAUUUCAGUCUACAGGAAAGCUAACUGGUCACUUGGGUCCUGUCAUGUGCCUUACUGUGGAUCGAAUUUCCAACGGACAGGAUCUUAUUGUCACUGGUUCAAAGGACCAUUAUAUAAAGAUGUUUGAUGUAACUGAAGGGGCUCUUGGAAGCGUAAGUCCUACACACAAUUUUGAACCUCCUCACUAUGAUGGCAUCGAAGCACUUGCUAUUAUGGGAGACAACCUUUUCAGUGGAUCUAGAGAUAAUGGAAUUAAGAAAUGGGACUUGGCUCAGAAAGACCUUCUUCAGCAAGUUCCUAAUGCUCAUAAGGACUGGGUGUGCGCACUGGGCCUGGUGCCUGGUGCUCCAGUUCUGCUCAGCGGCUGCAGAGGAGGAACCCUCAAGCUCUGGAACGUGGACACCUUUGCACCAAUUGGAGAGAUGAAGGGACACGACAGUCCUAUAAAUGCAAUCUGCACCAACUCCAGCCAGAUUUUCACAGCAUCAGAUGACAGAACUGUGAGGAUCUGGAAAGCUCGGAAUGUGAUAGAUGGACAGAUCUCCGAUGCAGGAGAUGCAAGUGAAGAUCUGGCCAGUAACUGAGAUGAUGGGCAUAAAUAAAGAUUGAAUGGUUGAUGAAGUUGAAGUGCGCCCUAUGCAGUUUGCUGCAUACUUAUUAAGUGAAUGCUGAUGACUGGAAUGAGCUGAAAAAUAAGAGUGAACUCUUCUGUUAGACCUGCUGUCCUUAAAGUAUGUACUGUAGGGGGAAAAAAAAAAAAACAACAAAACCAAGGGUAGCAUUCUUGUAUCUCAGUGAUCACGUAUGUAUGUCUAUAUAUAAUGGCUGAAUUUGUGUGCACUUGUGUAACACUUGCAGUUUGAGUUAACUGGAAGUCAGUCUUCUCUAAUGACCAUCUCAAAAUUAUAACCAGGAAUAUAUCAAAAGAGUGCUCUGCUGUAUUUCACUCAAGUAUGAUCAGCUGUGUCGCAUUUUAGGGUAGCAAGGGACUGAUGAUGUCCUGUUAAUAAGCCUUUGAUUAUGACAGACGUUGUUUCGAGAUUUUAAAGGUCACUUACCCUGUUGUUAGGGAAGUGAAGUGAACAAAAGAUGGGAGGAAGCUGUUAGGGCAGAUCGUUCUGAUAUAACUGUGUCCUGCUAACAGAAACGCUAUAUGAUUUGUGCUAACCUUAGCGUAUAAUCCUUGUUGACCAAAGCUGUGCAGAUGUGUAUACUCUGUGCUCAGGACUAGAACUAAAAUGCUCAUAAGCUGGUAUGUUUUAUUAGUGUUUUGCCUAUAAUCUGUAAUGACUAGAUGUUUCUUAAUGUCAUCACAGAAGUAUACCUUAAUCUAUUUUUCUUAUGAAUUCAUUUCUAUCAUCUCGCAUUUUCUUUUUUUAAAGCAAAAUAUCUUUCCUUUUUAUCUAAUUUUAUAUGCUGCUAAACGUAUUUUAAAUACACUGUUUUGCAAACCUUGGCAGUUACUUUGAGAACUGAACCACGUGUAUUGGGAAAGCUAUGUAAAUAGAUGGUUGUAUAAAGAAAAUAUCUUAUCAUGUGCCUGUAUGACUUUUAAAGUUCCUAGAAUGUGGAUAUUGAGGGAGGAUGUAUAAUUUAGCCAACUGCUCUGAAUAUUAAUUUGUAAAUUCUGCAAAUUUUAAAACUUAUGUAGAUUCAGAUACAGUGUUUGGAUGUUGAGGUGUUUUGUUGUUGGUUGUUUUGUUUUGUUUUUCCCCAGAAAAAUAUAAGUCUGUAAAUUAUAGCUUGUGUAGGUAACACUUAAAUAAAGAUGUGAAUGUGAA